AUGUCAUCUUUGGCUGUGCAGAUUGUAGAUGCUCCUCAGUACAGUUUGCACUGCAGCCACGGCAACGGACCCACGGACACCAUCACCCCCAUCCCAUUCUCCAGGCACCUCAUGGUAUCUGCCUUUAAGGACCACAGACUGGGCGGGGCCAUCAGGGUGAUCAGCAUCAUCUGCAGGCAGGAGCUGCAGCCGCUCUACUGUGUCCUAUGCGCUAACGCUAAGGCUGAUGCUAACGUUGAUGCUAAGGCUGAUGGGGCUCCGGGUCAGUGCACAUCUUUCCAGGCAAAAGUUCACCAGCACAGCGAUGACUUCGGCUUUCCUUUUGUGACUUCAGACGUGUUGUGCCUGAGUCCAGCGUUGCAGCAAGCCACACGUGUCAGCAUAACAGCUAACCCAUACGCCUUUCACAAUUUGACAUUUUUAUCGAUCCAAAACCAGGAGGUCAAGGAAUCGUUUAAGUACAACUUUACUGUAUGCAUAUCUAACCUUUUUGGGGUGUACAAUAAUGCCCUCCAAUUUGCACAAACCAUGGAGGUGUACAAGCUUAUAGGGGUUCAGAGGGUUGUCAUCUACAACACCAGCUGUGGACCAGACGUUGAGAAAAUUCUCAAGUACUACAGUAAAGAGGGUAUGCUGGAGGUUGUGCCUUGGCCAAUAGACAAGUUCCUUAAGCCAUCUACUGGCUGGAGUUAUGACUUACACCAUGGGGACAUUCAUUAUUAUGGACAGCUGACCACUCUGAAUGAAUGCAUAUACAGAUACAUGUACCAGUCAAAGUACCUUCUGAUGAAUGACAUUGAUGAGAUCAUUAUGCCUUACAAGCAUGCCAACCUGGAGAACUUAAUGGGCAUUUUACAGCAGCAGCGUCCCAACGCAGGGGUCUUCAAGAUCGAGAACCACAUUUUCCCCAAAACGCAGUUCGAUGACAGCGGCCGAUUUCGCCUGCCUCGGUGGAGGAGUGUGCCUGGUGUGAACAUCCUGGAGCAUGUCUACCGAGAGCCGGACAGGAAGCACGUUUUUAACCCCACAAAGGUGCUCAUCAACCCCCGGAGCGUGGAGCAGACUUCAGUACACACCACACUGAAGCAGUUCGGACUCGUCUUUAACGUCCCGUUCGAUGUAUGCCGCAUCAUCCAUGUCAGGGUGCCACUGCAAGGACAACUCUCCAAAGACCAGCUGUUCGUCGACAAGAAACUCUGGGAAUUUGAGAAGCUUUUGAUUCCCAGUAUCGAUCGCGCACUGAAUGAAUCAGGUGUGUUGUGAAAUACUGAUGCUUCCUACGGUGACAAAGCCGUUUGGUAACGCUGUAUAUCUUUUUGUUUUGCCUCACAUGCAGCAAAA